AUGCUGCUGUAUGACAAUAAAGGUUUCUUUUGGUUGCUUUUGAAUCGCCGGGGCAGCGUGUUCUACCGAUGGGACUCGCUCCUGGGAGGGCUUUGUGUGGCGCUCCUGGGCGGUGCCGUGCAAUAUAUGCACAGUAGUGGCUGGGAGAACAAACCGGAGAUUGGGCACCACUAUGGGUUGCAAGCGCUGGGUGUGGCCGUGACCUUUGCGAUCGUCUUUCGCACCCAAUUGGCCUGGAACAGGUACUGGGAAGCCGUGACCCAGCUUCAUGUAAUGUACAGCAAGUGGCACGACGCCUUCUCCCAGUUUCAAGGCUUUGCCGAGGUCACCUUAAAGGCCGCCAAGGAGAAGAAGGACGAGGCCAAGAUCAAGCUCAUCAUGAUGAAGCAAAGGAGGCUCAAGCUGAACUUUGCCUUGCUCUCGGCGAUGGCGGCGGAACGGCUUUCGCAUGGGGACAACCAGCUCAUCGAGGACAUGUCGAGAAAGGUUCGCAGCCGGCACGCCAUGCGGGUGGAGAAGGAGGCGGAGGUCGAGGUCCGAAUCCUCAAGACGGGCCUGCCGCCGCAGGGAUAUCAGCCGCCGGCCUUUGUAGAACGGAAGGACUUCGACCGGGGCUUGAAGAAGGUCAUGAGCCAGGAACUUAGACGACUGGAUGAGGCGGAGGGAGACUUAGACUUCCACCUGAGGGAUGGAGCAUGA